AUGGGUGACCUGAACUGCCACAUUGGCAGUGAAGCUAUUGGAAAUGUCCUUGGCAAGUUUGGAAUUGGGGAGAAAAAUGAAGAAGGAGAUAUGAUCAUAGACUUUUGCUUAAGAAACAAUCUUUCAAUCAUGAAUUCAUACUUUGCACAUCAAGAGAGCCAUCAGUAUACAUGGUACAGAUACAACUCCAGGAUAGGAAAGUAUGAUCAGAAAUCACAGAUUGACUUUAUACUCACAAAUAUAAAGUCCAUCAGAAAGGAUAUGCAAGCCAUCCCGUCUGUAUCAUUGGAUUCAGACCAUAGACUGGUAAAAGGUAAACUGAAAAUACACUUACCCAAAAAGGAAAAGCAGGUUGUGAGAAAAAGACUUAAAGUAGAAAAUUUUAAAAGUGCUAAGUCAGCAAUAGAAAUGAAAUUACAAGAGGAAAGACAAGAGUAUCACAGGGGAAAACAUUGA